GAUCUGCACCCCGAAUGCGCACGGAGGACUUACAUGUGUGCUACCUUGUAGUUACUUGUUUGUUUUGCGAAUUUCAACGUACUGGAUUGUAGAAUGAGAACUGUGUUUAGAACACGGGUUUAGUGGCUGGAAAACCUCUCUCCUUCUCUGCUACAGCCGACUGGAAAGGGCUCUGUGUGCUAUGUGCUUCACGUGUUUGCGCGCAACAGUAAGGUAACUCCGUUUAUUAUCGCCAAGCGCUGACCGUUAUGUACAUCUGAUCACAAGUGCAUAUGUGAAGGACUUGGAUUCUGGGUCCGGUCUUAUCUGUGAAUGCGGCGUCUAAACCUGGUCUGUCAACGCGGGAGGUUCCGACAGAGGAGGGCAUGCGUUCUUUGAAAAUUUGGAAGUGGAAUUCACAGCGCGUUUGGAUUAUUUACCCGGAGAUGAUUGUGUUUCCAAUCCUUUGGUUUUUAUCCCAGACUCGAGCGGCGCCUUCUCUAACGGCCGAACAGAUGGACACGGGGGUGGACUGGCUAAGAAAGUUUGGCUACCUGCCGCCCCCAGACCCCGUGACGGGGCAGCUGCAGACCAAGGAGGCACUGACCAAAGCCAUCAAAGCCAUGCAGAGGUUUGGAGGCCUGGAGGAGACGGGCGUGCUGGACGAAGCUACUAUGGGCCUGAUGAAGACUCCACGAUGCUCCCUGCCAGACUUAUCUGCACAAGAGAGCCCUAUUGGACGGAGAAGAAGAGCAGUCACACCCCAGAACAAAUGGAACAAGAGACACCUGUCCUGGAGGGUGCGGACCUUCCCCAAGGAGUCGGCGCUGUUGGGCCGGGACACGGUGCGGGCCCUCAUGUACUACGCCCUGAAGGUGUGGAGCGACAUCGCGCCGCUCAACUUCCACGAGGUGGCCGGCAACGAGGCGGACAUCCAGAUCGACUUCACCAAGGCCGACCACAACGACGGCUACCCGUUCGACGGGCCGGGCGGGACGGUGGCGCACGCCUUCUUCCCCGGGGAGCGCUUCACAGCGGGGGACACGCACUUUGACGACGACGAGGCCUGGACGUUCAGGUCACCAGACUCGCACGGGAUGGACCUGUUUGCGGUGGCCGUGCACGAGUUCGGCCACGCCAUCGGGCUGUCCCACACGUCGGCCAUCGAGUCCAUCAUGCGGCCGUACUACCAGGGCCCGGUGGGCGACCCGCUCAAAUACGACCUCCCCUACGAGGACAAGGUCCGCGUCUGGCAGCUCUACGGGGUACGAGAUUCAGUGUCGCACACAGUCCGCCCUGAUGACCCUUCCCGCACUGCAGAUCCACCAGUUCUUCUGGACCUUCCGGAGAACAGGUCCACCGUCCCGCCAGCGCGUGAUGCCCCCGACAGAUGCACUACUCACUUUGAUGCAGUGGCCCAGAUUCGAGGCGAGGCCUUCUUUUUCAAAGGGAAGUAUUUUUGGCGUCUGACUCGGGAGAAGCACCUGGUGUCUCUUCGUCCGGCUCAGAUCCACCGCUUCUGGAGAGGACUGCCUGCCAACCUGGACAGUGUGGACGCCGUCUACGAGAGACCAGGCGACCACAAGAUUGUCUUCUUCAAAGGAGUGAAGUACUGGGUGUUUAAAGACAACAAUGUAGAGGAGGGCUACCCGCGGCCUAUAAGUGACUUUGGGCUCCCCAUGGAGGGCGUGGUGGACGCUGUGUUUGUGUGGCUGCACAACGACAAGACCUACUUCUUCAAGGACAACCGCUACUGGCGCUAUGACGACCACCUGCGGCGGAUGGACCAGGGCUACCCCAAAGACAGUGCGCUCUGGAAAGGCAUCCCCAUGCAUCUAGACGACGCUAUGCGUUGGUCCGACAGUGCCUCCUACUUCUUCAAAGGUAAAGAGUACUGGCGGGUGAUGGGCAGUGACAUGGAGGUGGAGGCCGGCUACCCGCGCUCCAUCGCCAAGGACUGGCUGGUGUGCACCGAGAUGCAGUCGGACUCGCCGGCCACCGAGUCCAACCGCUCGGACACGCGGCUCCGCGGGCCGCACCACGCCGACCACGCCGAGAACGGCUUCGAGGUCUGCUCGUGCACCUCGGACCACGCCGCGCCGGGGGGCGCCCAGCUCUCCCUCUCGCCCCUCUGGCUGCUGGCCCCUCUCUGGACACUCUGGACGGCCCUCUCGGCAGCCCCGGGGCCCCUCUGAGGACUGGCGGGCCGAGGGAGUGGGCGAGCGGGCGAGCGAGCAAGCAGGCCGCAGACUGGACUCGCGGACUUGGAGUGUUUCGGGCUACUAAGCCCCACAUUUGGCCCAGGUGCUGGGAGGGCCGAGGCGAGACAGGGCUGGCUGGCUCGG